AGCGGCGCCCUGCGCUUCGCCGACUUUGAUGUCACGCGCCAGGCGUUUCUGCGCCGGCCGGCCGUGGCGGCGAUUGUCAAUCUCAAGCCCAUUGUGCCGGGACACGUGCUUGUCAUUCCCGCCACGCCGUGCGCUCGGCUCGCCGACUUGCCCGCUUCAGUGCGGCCUGCCUUCUGGCAGACAGUGCAUGAGGUGGCCGACGUCGUCAAGCAGCGCUACGGAGGCACUAGCUUGACGCUUUCGGUGCAGGACGGACCCGAGGCGGGCCAAUCAGUGCCUCAUCUGCAUGUCCAUGUGCUGCCGAGGAGAAGCGGCGACUUUACGCCCAACGACGAGAUCUACGAGCAUCUCGAGCGCUUC